AGUCUAUAUUUUUACUUUUAUAGGUAGAAAUGGAAAACCUAACAAUUAUGAAAAAGUAUUGUGCCAAAGAAGUGGGGCUGAAAGCAAAUAUAUGCAGCAAUAUCAACCCAAUGCUCAAAAGUUUCUCCCUGACAAAAAUGAAUUUCCAUCUCUAACCGAAAUUUCACAGAAAAAUGAUUUUAAAGAAAAAUUUCAUAAUGUUCCUGGAAAAAAUUGUAAUUAUAAUAAAACAAAUUUCUCGUAUUCAGAUAAGUUAAAAGUGCCACUGGAAAAGAACAGAUGUGUUGAUAACUUUUAUGUCAACAAAUGUGGAAAUGUACAAAAUCAUACUAUUGAAAGGAAAACACUUGGCAUGUCUUCCCAGCAUGUUGCUUUGCAUAACAGUCAUUCAAUUGUGAUAAAUAAAAGAGCUGUUGGAAAGGGUGAGUUACAAAAUCCUUUUAAAAGCAAUUACAGUUUUAGUGAAACUAACAGUAGUGUAAAAACACCACACUUUGUAAAAAAGAAUAAUGUCAGAUUUGAUGCAUCAGGAUCAGAUAAUUAUAAAAGUACUCAAAGUAAUGCAGCUCUUUCAGAAAAUCAAGUCAAUAAUUGUACUAGAGAUAAUGCUAGAGUUAAAAUAAAUUACGAGUAUAAAUCCUUUCAAGAUAAAACAAAAACUCAAAGUACUGCUAAAAAUUCCAGUAUUGAAAAUGAUAAUUCAGUAUCAAACUCUGAGCCUAACACUAAAAAGAAGAAGAAAAAGAGAAAACCUAAAGUUAAAAAACUACAACCUCUGCAAACAGGUAAAAUUACUAUUCUUAGUGCUGAAACACUUUCAAAAAUUCGUAAUCAAUCCAGUGUGCAAUCAACAUUCAAUUCAUGCAAGAUUCAAAACGCUAAGACAAACAUAAAUGAUUCUGAGGAAUAUCCUGAGCUAGGAACAGCUCUUAUACAUAAAUCUAAUAAAGAAAAUGUUUCAUCAAGUUCUGCCAGUAAAAGUAAUGAACAAGAAAUGGCCACUGAAAGCUCUGUAAUUCCCAAGUUACCCAACAGUUUUACUGGGGAACAAGUCACAGAUGUUGUGAGAACUAACCAAAGUAAUAAAGCAAGUGAUGACAUAGUUCCUGCUAAAAGUCAAGAAAAAAUUGCUAUACACGUGAACUCCCCCAUUACUAUAUCAUUUUUGGAUAUACGCUUUUAAAUACAUCUAAGGUAUGUGAAGUGUUAUUUUGAAGUACUUAUUUUAUGAAGGUUGCUUAAAUGCUGGUUGAAUAAAGGUUGCUUAUA